AUGUUUCACAUUUCAGCAUUAAUAUUCCUCUUUUUUUUUUAUAUCUCAUCGGCCAAGAACAUUCCUGCCAUCUUCAUUUUUGGAGAUUCCAUUGUUGAUGUAGGAAACAAUAAUUACAUCAACACAAUUGCAAAGGCAGCAUUUCCAAACGGAAUUGACUUUUGCAGGAGAUGUUCCUCUGGGAGAUUUACUAAUGGUAGAACAGUUAUUGAUAUUUUAGAACAGGAUUUGGGUGCCAAAAAUUUCACUCCUCCAUACUUGGCUCCAACUACCACCGGCGACAUGGUUCUAAGAGGCGUCAAUUAUGCUUCUUCUGGUUCUGGUAUUUUAAGCAACACUGGAAUAGUCUGGGGUGAUCAUAUUGGCUUUUAUGAACAAAUCAGUAACUUUGAGAAAACCAAGAAAACAAUUGUCUCAAGAAUCGGCAGGCGGGAAGCUAAAAGACUGCUGAAGCAUCGGGCAUUGUUUGUGGUUGUUAUUGGUGCAAAUGAUUUGUUCUUUGGGCAGCAAAUAACUUUUUUGCAGAAUCGAUCAUCUCAAGGUCAACGAGCAUACUUAAACAUUCUGACUUCAACAUUGAAGUCCCAACUUACGAGACUUUAUUAUUUGGAAGCUAGAAAAAUUGUUGUGACAAAUGUUCCAAGAAUUGGGUGUAGCCCUUAUGAGAGAGACAAUUAUCCGAAUGGAAAAGGUUGUGUUGGUUCUUUAAAUAAGCCCAUCCACUCAUACAACAGAAGAUUGAAGCGCCUGCUCAUGGAUCUUACAGCAAAUCAGACAGGUUCAACCUAUGUUUAUGCAGAUAUUCAUGCAAUCCUGGAAGAUAUCCUUCACAAUUACAAAUCAUAUGGAUUUCGAAAUGCAGAUUCUGCAUGCUGUCACAGUGGUGGAGCUCAUGGGGGUCUAGUCCCCUGCUUUCCAUUAUCUAAAUUUUGUUCCGACAGAACCAAAUAUGUCUUCUGGGAUGCAUUCCAUUUGACAGAAACUAGCAAUCUAAUUGCUGCAAGACAUAUGAUGGAUGGUGGCUUAAAGUACAUGUCUCCUAUGAACAUCCCGCAAUUAGUGCAUUCUUGACCUCUUCAUCGCGAUGGAGUGAAUGAACCACAAUGGAUUAGCUAAUUGCAAUCCCUAAAUCCAAAUUCUCUAUUUUAUUUUGCACAAUUCCAUCAUAGACCAAAAGAAGGAAGAGGUACACAUGAGACUUUGUGUAGUAAAAGGAUAUAUCCUAGGUCCUGGAAAGUCCUAGAAAUGCUUUUUUCAAGCAUUAACAAGUUUAAACUUAUGCCAUUAGUUAGCUUUUUAUUUAUCAAAUUGCAAAUGCCAUUGGUUUCCGGUUGUAAAAUAUA